CCCUAUGCAGCGAGUGUAUGGGUGGAGUAUAGUUUUAAAUACAGUUUUAAAUGUAUCGAAAGAGCGUCCUACGCCGGCUCUGACAGAAGAGCUGGAAUAAAUUACAGCGCGCCGGGAAAGUUUGUCCUAAAGCUGCCGGGUUGCGCUCUCGGUGUCUCGGACCCUCAGCUCUAAAAUGGCUGGCUGUAGGUUCGAGAAAGCUCCGGUGCAAAGGGAAGGAUCCGCUCCACGCCGCGACUCUCUGUAAAUAUACACGUUUCUCUAACUCCGACUGACGCGUAAGUGAUGUCGUAGUCCCAGGUCCGAGAGCUGUCAGGGCGCACAUGCACCAUAAUAAUCUUGGCAUUUCGGACCUAGGACUGUGCGUAAUGGCGUCCUCCACGGACAGGGCUUCUCGGUUUACCCCCCAGACACAUUUUUACAACAGGCUUGUAUUUGCAAACCAAACCGGAAUAUACAUAUUAUUCCAAAGCGAAAUCAAUCGUUUUAUUAUUGAUGUUGUAUAUUGAUGUGGAUGAGAGAGAGAGAAAGAGAGAGAGAGACAGAGAAUGAUAUUUCGCUCACGUCAGUCGGACCCUUCUGUGCUCCGGUGCGUACCUCUGAAUGAUCGGCGACUCCAACACCGGUCGACCCCUCGAAAUAUAAAUGGGUAUGCCCCAAAAUGGAUUCUCAGUUGGCUUCAGUCCUGACUGGUGGCAGCCUGGAUGUCCAAAAUGGCAGCCAGUGUGCAGAGGGAUCAGGGCCAGUGACAGAGGUGUUUUUGGACCUAAAGGAAAAGACCUCAACUAUAACUGUACCAGGUAACCCACAGCCCUGCUCUGUGAAAGCAGCAGUGACCAUCAGGCGGGCUGCUCCAUCAAUCAAUGGGAAUAAGCCAAAGGGGGGCGGGACUAAGCCAGCCUCUCAGGAAACAUGUAAGAUUGGUGGGUUCAGACAGCCAAUCACAGUAAAGACUGGAGUGCCUGAGUUGCGCAGCCAACCAAUCCGACUCAAAAUUGUUGUUCCCCCACGGUGCAAGAGGCCAAUCACAAACUCUGCCAUCAGCCAGACCAAAGACUUUGCUCGCUUACGUAUUAGAAGACCUGUUUUGGUUUCAGCUGGAGCAGAAAAAAACAGAAAUAAAAUCCUACUAUCUGCUGUUAAGAAAAAAGGAGAAAUCACAGAUGUUACUUAUCAUAAGACUGAGGAAGCUAGGCCAGAAUCAUUCCAUGAAACAGAGGCAGAGAGGGGGGAAACCAUGUGCAAAGACAGACUUGUUACGGAUACUGAAAUCAUUCAUACCGAUGAGUCAGAAACUCCUUUGAUCCCAAGCACUAAUGCAGUUAAAAUAUUGAGCCUGAAAGGGAUUAAAGAGGAAACUACAGAGAUUGAAAUUGAGGAAAAUAUUCCUUUAAUUUUGCAAGAAAUGGACUUGAAGUGUUGUCAGAUGUUUGAUGAAGUAGGAAUGGAAGAACAGACAGAAGCACUGGACCUGAGUCUGCCCAAGAAAAGAGAGAGUCGAGAGAGGUCUGAACGCUUCCCGGAUGACUCUGGCUGCGAGAGCUCGCUGAUUAUGGAGGUGGAUGAAUAUGAGGGAGAAGGGGACAGAGAUGUAGUAGAAGAGGACGAUGAUGGUGAAGGAGAGGCCUCUGUGCUGCAUAUGGACGCCACAGAUACACUUGAAGACUCUCUCCUCUCUCCCUCUUUCUUUUCUACCUCUGUCUUUACCUCCCUCUCUUCGAUAGACUGUGACACUGAAAACCUUCUUCUGAUAGACGACCGGGGAAUCCCGUAUACGCUUAGUCCUGACGGACUCAAAGUGCCGCAGGUCCAUGCUUCCACGUCAGAGGUUCAGGUUGAAGAAAUGAGGUCGCCACAAUUAGCCACGUUAGCAGAUCCUAGCCUCUGCCAAAGUUUAGAUAAUGCACUAUAUCCACCUUCUGAUCAUCUUUACAACUCACCAGCCCCUGCCACUGAUUCUCCAUCACUAGGUGUUGAUCAGACAAAGACUCCAGAAGUCUUCCCAGGUUUGAUUAAAAACUCAGCUUCCCCCAAAGGCCGCAAACCAAAGGGCAAAUCUUUUCAGGGGCCCCUGCUGUUUUUUAGCCUCCCCCCAAACCCGCCCCUUGAUCCCAAAAAACACUUCUACUAACAUUUCCCAUUCUCCCCCUGUCGUCCUCUUCUUCCUUCCCCCAGGCCCCCCUAAACUCCCGGGGGUCUCUCGCUUUUCCCCUUUUAGUUA